AUGGCACCAACAUUCAUGGUGUCUGCGCCAGGAAAAGCCAUUGUCUUCGGUGAACACGCCGCUGUGUAUGGUAAGCCCGCUAUUGCCGCAGCUAUCUCUCUCCGGUCCUAUCUCCUCGUCAUUACGCUCUCCAAAUCCCAACGUACCGUCCAACUGAAUUUCAGGGACAUUGGCUUAAACCAUACUUGGGAAAUCGACAAUCUGCCAUGGGAUAUUUUCCAGCAACCUUCCAAAAAAAGGUCCUAUUACUCUGUCGUCGACUCACUCGACCCCCAAUUUCUCGAAGCUAUCAUGCCACAUGCGGAGGCCGUGUCGAAGCACCUUCCAGAGAAGCAGCGAAAAAUUCAUAUAAAAUCUGCAACCGCCUUCCUCUAUCUCUUUCUCUCCUUAGGCUCCUCGAAAAGCCCUGGCUUCGUUUACACUCUUCGAUCUACUAUUCCCAUCGGCGCCGGUCUAGGAAGUAGUGCCAGUGUUUGCGUCUGCUUAAGCGCAGCCCUGCUCCUUCAGAUACGGGCUCUUGCUGGACCCCAUCCUGAUCAGCCCCCUGACGAAGCAGAGAUGCAGAUAGAGCACAUCAAUCGCUGGGCAUUCGUGGGCGAGCUGUGUAUACAUGGAGACCCUAGUGGGGUAGAUAAUACGGUCUCGGCGGGUGGAAAGGCUGUGAUGUUCCAAAGAAAUGCCUCUGGACCACCAUCCGUUAUUCGUCUCACCAAGUUCCCGAAACUACCACUCCUUCUCGUCGACACUCAACAACAACGAUCCACCGCUACACAGGUAGACAAGGUGAAAACACUAAAAGCUAAUCACCCUGAAAUAACAGAGACUAUCUUAGACGGAAUUGGCAAAAUUGCAACUUCUGCACUGGAGCUAAUGUCAUCGGCUGUUCCCUCUGGUAGUGGCAACUCUGAUGCUCUCGGACACUGGGGAGCAUUGAUUGGUAUGAACCAUGGGUUCUUGGUUUCGUUAGGAGUGUCUCAUCCCCGGCUAGAGCGUAUUCGCGAGCUCGUGGAUUAUGCGAAUAUUGGUUGGACAAAAUUGACCGGCGCUGGAGGUGGUGGAUGUGCCAUCACACUUUUCCGAUCAGGUAUCGAAGAACAAACUAUUGAAGAGCUGGAGCAGAAGUUCACUACAGAAGGAUUCCAAAUACAUAAGACUAUCCUAGGUGCCGACGGAGUGGGGGUGCUUUGGCCUGCUGUAUUCCGAGGCACUGAUGGAAAGGCUUGCGGAGAGAUUGACCAGACGAUGUUUGAAAAUGCCGACAGCGUUCAGGGUAUCAACCAGCUAGUCGGGGUGGGAGCGCAAGAAAAUCGGGAAGGCUGGGGGUUUUGGACGAGAGAUCUGUCUACAAGAUGA